AUGGCGCUGAAGCGGAUCCAGAAGGAGCUACAGGACCUGGGGAACGACCCGCCGGCGAAUUGCUCGGCGGGGCCGGUUGGAGACGACAUGUUCAACUGGCAGGCGACCAUCAUGGGCCCACCCGACUGUCCCUACUCCGGCGGUGUGUUCUUCCUGAACAUCAACUUCCCAUCCGACUACCCCUUCAAGCCGCCGAAGGUGCACUUCACCACGAAGAUCUACCAUUGUAACGUGAAUUCGAACGGGGCUAUCUGCCUUGACAUCUUGAAGGAUCAGUGGAGUCCAGCAUUGACCAUAUCGAAGGUCUUGCUGUCCAUCUCGUCUUUGCUGACAGACCCGAACCCCAACGACCCGCUAGUGCCGGAGAUUGCCCAGGUCUACCUGAAGGAUCGGGCCAAGCAUGAUACCACGGCUCGCGAGUGGGUCCAGAAGUACGCGACGUGA